AUGGGUUUGCUGCUCAGUAUUUUGGCGGAAAGCAAAGCUUCCUAUGAUAAGGUAUCUGCUUACAAGUUCAACAAAACCACAAUAAUUGUUUCAGGAUAAGCAUGACUGGAUUCACUAUUGUAACAUGAAUCAGUUCGUCUACUUUGACAUUGGCUUCGAGAGCGGUGUUCCACUCGGGCGAGUUGUGAUUGAGCUGAAAGGCUCGUACAGCAAGCCUCUUUCGGAGCUGUUUGUAAAGGUCGCCAAAGGAGAUUAUGUGCAUCCGGCACUUGGAAAAAGAAUCGAGUACACCGGCAGCGUGCUCCACAACAUUUCGUCGUCGAAGAAUUUGAUCAUGUGCGGCGAUGUUCUCUUCGGAAAUGGCUCCGGUGGUUGUGCACCGGUCACCGCAAAACUUUACCAUGAGAAUAGUUUGGAAAUGACCGUGGGCAACACGUAAGUCUCGAAACUUGCAGCUCUAUUUAUCAGAACAUCAUCAGGCGCGGAAAAGUUAUUCUCCUUCCGUCAGACUCCAAGCCGACCGUUUUCUCCUCCAUCUUCUACGUGCUUCUGGAAAAAACCGGCCCGGCGGUCGUAGACGGAUGUGUCAUCGGCGACGUUGUCGAGGGCAUCGAUCUGUUGGAUCGAAUCGUCAGAGAGUACGGAACGCCGAACGGACGACCUAAAAAGAAGCUCAUCGUUCACAAGUGCGGUCAUCUUUGA